GCGAACGUUAACAAAAAAUGACACCCUCCAUGUGCACGUUAGCACGAGCCCGUGCUUCUCACGCCGUCUGCGUCUACGAUCUUUCUCUUUCUCCGUGCAACCUACCUUAUUCUACGCACCCCUUCUUCCCUUUCUCCACACUUACUCCUUUUAGGGUUAACGCUUCUUCGCUCUCUCCAAACCUCUUCUUCUUCUUCUUCCACGUUCUUUCUGAGAAAUAGGGUUCCUUUGUUCAUCUUCACAUUCACAUUGUAAUUGCGUUCCAGCGCAUGGAUCGCACAACUAAACCCAACGACUCGUUCUCCUACUCCAAUCUCUUCAAUCUUGAGUCUUUGAUGAACUUUCAACUUCCGCGACAAGAUGAUGAUUUUGAUUAUUAUGGGAAUAGUAGUCAGGAUGAUGAGAGCAGAGAUAACCAAGGUGGUGGGGCAAUUGCAAAUCACAGUAACGGGAAUGUGAAUUCGUUGAAGACUAGGGCGUGGUCUCAAAACAGUGAUGAUGAGGAAAAGGGCAGAUUUUGUGGGACGUACAUGACAGAGGAGCGAUAUCGAUCAAUGCUUGGAGACCAUGUUCGGAAAUACAAAAGGAGGAGUAAGGAUGCCUCGCCUAGUCCUGCUCAAAAUCGGGUUGCUAUUCCGCUUGUCAAAAGUAACACUGGCUUAAGAGCUCGAAAGUCAGGGAAUGAUCACAGAGGAGGAUUGCAUGCUGCUGAAACUGCUUCUGAAUGGCUAUAUGAUUCCAAUUCUCAGAAAUCAGGAAACUGCCGUGAUGCAGAUUUUGUGCAGCAAUAUGGAACUGAUAGGAUUAUGUAUGAACCUGCUUAUUUGGACAUUGGAGAUGGUAUCAGUUACAGGAUUCCUCCAGUUUAUGAUAAGUUGGCGUCAAUGGUGAACCUCCCAAGUUUCUCAGAUAUACGUGUGGAGGAAUUUUACUUAAAGGGUACCUUGGAUUUGGGGUCCUUGGCUGCAAUGAUGGCUGCUGAUAAAAGUUUUGGUACUAGAAACCGAGCAGGCAUGGGGGAACCCCUUUCCCAAUAUGAAUCACUUCAGGCACGAAUAAAGGCCGUGUCAGCUUCGAAUUCACCUCAUAAAUUCAGCCUUAAAGUGUCUGAUGUUGAUUUGAAUUCCUCCAUUCCGGAGGGGGCUGCUGGAAGCAUAAAGCGAGUUAUUUUGUCUGAGGGUGGUGUAUUGCAGGUCUAUUAUGUUAAGGUUUUGGAAAAAGGUGACUUCUAUGAGAUCAUUGAGCGUAGCCUGCCUAAGAAGCAGAAGGUAAAAAAAGACCCUGCUUCCUUUGAGAAGGAGGUAAUGGAUAGAAUUGGAAAGAUUUGGGUAAACAUUGUAAGAAGAGACAUGCCAAAGCAUCAUAGGAAUUUUACUACUUUUCAUCGAAAGCAACUCAUUGAUGCCAAGAGGUUCUCAGAGAACUGUCAAAGAGAGGUUAAAUUCAAAGUUAGUAGAUCACUUAAAUGGAUUAGGGGUGCCAGUAUUCGCACCAGGAAACUAGCAAGAGACAUGUUGCUGUUCUGGAAACGAGUAGAUAAGGAGAUGAUCGAAGUGAGGAAAAGAGAAGAGAAAGAAGCUGCUGAAGCUUUGAGACGUGAACAGGAGCUUCGAGAAGCCAAGAGGCAGCAGCAAAGGCUUAAUUUUCUCAUACAACAAACUGAGCUGUACAGUCACUUUAUGCAGAACAAGUCAAACUUACUAUCGUCUGAAGCUUUACCCAUGGUAGAAGAAAAAACAAAUGAUCAAGAUGCAGUGUCCAACUCUUCAGAUGCUGGACCUAGUGAGGAGGAAGAUCCAGAAGAGGCUGAAUUAAACAAGGAAGCUUUGAAGGCUGCUCAAGAUGCAGCCUCUAAGCAGAGAAGGUUGACAAGCGCUUUUGACAGUGAAUGCUUGAGGCUGCGCCAGGCAGAUGAAACUGAUUCACUUUCACAGGAUGUGGCAGGAGCGAGUAACAUUGAUUUGCAAACCCCCUCAACCAUGCCAGUGGCAUCCACAGUUCGGACUCCAGAAUUAUUUAAAGGUUGUCUAAAAGAAUAUCAGCUAAAAGGUCUUCAAUGGCUAGUUAAUUGUUAUGAGCAGGGUUUAAAUGGUAUACUUGCUGAUGAGAUGGGACUUGGAAAGACUAUCCAGGCUAUGGCAUUUUUAGCUCAUUUAGCUGAGGAGAAAAACAUAUGGGGGCCUUUUCUGGUUGUUGCACCUGCUUCUGUAUUAAACAAUUGGAAUGAGGAACUUGAGCGCUUCUGCCCUGAUCUUAAAAGAUUUCCUUAUUGGGGAGCAGAGCGGACGGUACUUAGAAAAAGUAUUAACCCAAAGGAUCUUUAUCGUAGGGAAGCUAAAUUCCACGUGCUCAUCACAAGCUAUCAGCUCUUAGUAACUGAUGAGAAGUUUUUUCGCCGUGUGAAAUGGCAGUACAUGGUUUUAGAUGAAGCGCAGGCAAUCAAAAGUUCAAACAGCAUAAGGUGGAAGACACUCCUCAGCUUUAAUUGUCGGAAUCGCCUACUGCUGACUGGUACACCUAUUCAGAAUAAUAUGGCAGAGUUAUGGGCUCUUCUGCAUUUCAUUAUGCCAACUUUGUUUGACAGCCAUGAGCAGUUUAAUGAGUGGUUCUCUAAAGGAAUUGAGAACCAUGCAGAACAUGGAGGUACUUUGAAUGAGCACCAACUUAAUAGAUUGCAUUCAAUUCUAAAACCUUUCAUGCUACGACGUGUUAAAAAAGAUGUAGUAUCUGAGCUGACGAGGAAAACUGAGGUUAUGGUACAUUGCAAAUUGAGUUCUCGGCAGGAGGCUUUCUAUCAAGCAAUUAAGAACAAGAUAUCUCUUGCUGAGCUGUUUGAUAGUAAUCGUGGGCAGCUCAAUGAAAAGAGAAUUCUGAAUUUAAUGAAUAUUGUUAUUCAACUACGGAAGGUUUGCAACCAUCCAGAGUUAUUCGAAAGGAGUGAGGGAAGUACAUACUUUUACUUUGGAGAGAUUCCAAAUUCUCUUCCACCACCUCCAUUUGGGGAGUUGGAGGAUGUAUACUAUGCUGGAGGUCACAACCCCAUAUCAUAUGAGAUACCAAAACUUGUCUAUCAAGAGAUUAUGCAAAGUUCUGAAACUUUCAGUUCCACUGUUGGUCGUGGUGUCUGCAGAGAAUCUUUUCAGAAACAUUUUAAUAUUUUUAGAGCUGAAAAUGUUCAUCAAUCUAUCUUCUCAAAAGAUAUGAUUGUUAAAAGUGGAACUUUUGGUUUUGCCCAUUUGAUGGAUUUGUCUCCCCCAGAGGUGACUUUUCUGGCAACUGGUUCUUUUAUGGAGCGACUAUUGUUUUCUAUGAUUAAAUGGGAGCAGAAGUUCCCUGAUGACAUUGUAGACUUUCUCAUGGAGACCAUAAUAGAUGAUCCUGAAUGUAGUUACCUUGAGAAAGGUAAAGUGAGGGCUGUUACACGAAUGUUAUUGCUGCCAUCAAGAUCUGAUUCCAAGUUUCUUCAAAAAAGAUUUGCAACUGGGCUGGCCCAUGCUCCUUUUGAGGCCUUGGUCAUCUCACAUCAGGAUAGGAUUUUAUCUAACGCAAGACUUCUUCACUCAGCAUACACAUAUAUCCCACCGACUCGAGCUCCCCCAAUUGGUGCUCACUGCUCAGAUAGAAACUUCUCCUAUAAAAUGACUGAAGAAUUACAUUAUCCUUGGCUUAAGAGGUUGUUUUUGGGAUUUGCACGGACAUCUGAACGUAAUGGGCCUAGAAAACCUGCUCAUCCUCAACAAUUAAUUCAAGAGAUUGAUUCUGAAUUAUCUGUUUCACAGCCUGCACUUCAGUUAACACACAGUAUUUUUGGCUCAUCACCACCUAUGCGGAGUUUCGACCCAGCAAAGUUGCUCACUGACUCUGGGAAACUUCAAACACUAGAUAUAUUAUUGAGACGCUUACGAGCUGGAAAUCAUCGCAUUCUCUUGUUUGCUCAGAUGACCAAGAUGCUGAAUAUUUUGGAGGACUACAUGAACUAUAGGAAAUAUAAGUAUUUUAGACUUGAUGGUUCAUCUACUAUUCAGGAUCGCAGAGACAUGGUCAGAGACUUCCAGCAUAGGAGUGAUAUUUUUGUGUUCUUACUGAGUACGAGAGCUGGUGGAUUGGGUAUCAACUUGACAGCUGCCGACACAGUCAUAUUUUAUGAGAGUGAUUGGAAUCCAACAUUGGAUCUACAGGCAAUGGAUAGAGCUCAUCGUUUGGGUCAGACAAAAGAUGUUACUGUUUACCGACUUAUAUGUAAAGAGACAGUUGAAGAGAAGAUUCUUCUUAGAGCAAGUCAGAAAAGUACUGUGCAGAACCUUGUCAUGACUGGUGGUUCUGUUGGCGGUGAUCUCUUAGCUCCUGAGGAUGUUGUAUCUUUGCUUCUGGAUGAUGUCCAAUUGCAACAGAAAUUAAAGGAAAUCCCUCUCCAGAUGGAAUUUUCUGCUACCGCUGCCAAUUAUGUUACUCAACUGAAUAUGCUUCCAAUGCUUAAUGGGGCAAAUUUCAAGCUGUGGAAAGAGAAUGUGGAAAUUGUUCUCGGCUGCAUGGAUCUCGACAAUGCGCUAAGGACUGAGAAACCCACUUCCACUCAGGAAAAUCCAAACACGGAUAAAAUUGAGAAGUGGGAACGCUCAAAUCGCAUGUGUUUGAUGAUCAUGAAACGUUCCGUUCCGGAGGCGUUUAGGGGCUCGAUUGUUGAGACUACUAAUGCCAAGUUGUUUCUUAAGGAACUCGAGCAAUACUUUGCUCGAAAUGAAAAAGGCUGA